AUGGACACCAUCUCCUUCAACGGGGACCUCUCGGAUUUACUCUACAACUACACCUAUGACUACAGCACGGCCCUGCCCGACGCCGCCAUCUCCUCGUCCCCGUGCCGGCCCGACGGCUCCGUCCUCAACAAGUACCUGGUGGUCUUCAUCUACUGCCUCGUCUUCAUCCUCAGCGUGGUGGGCAACGGGCUGGUGGUGCUGGUGGUCACCUCCAGCCACACGAACCGCUCCGUCACCGACGUCUACCUGCUCAACCUGGCCGUGGCCGACCUGCUCUUCGCCCUCACCCUGCCCCUCUGGGCCGCCUACCGGGCCCACGAGUGGGUUUUCGGCACGGUGAUGUGCAAGGCCAUCUCGGUGCUGCAGGAGGCCAACUUCUACAGCGGCAUCCUGCUGCUGGCCUGCAUCAGCGUGGACCGCUACCUGGCCAUCGUCUACGCCACCCGCGCCGCCACCGAGAAGAGGCACUGGGUGAAGUUCGUCUGCCUGGGCAUCUGGGUCUUCUCCGUGCUGCUCUCCCUGCCCGUGCUGCUCUUCCGCGAGGCCUUCGUCUCGCCCAGCAACGGCACCGUGUGCUACGAGCGCAUCCGCGGCGAGGACACGGCCAAGUGGCGCGUGGUGCUGCGGGUGCUGCCGCAGACCUUCGGCUUCGCCCUGCCCCUCCUGGUCAUGCUCUUCUGCUACGGCGUCACCGUGCACACCCUCCUGCAGACCAAGAACGCCCAGAGGCAGCGGGCCAUGAAGGUCAUCCUGGCCGUGGUGCUGGUCUUCCUCGUCUGCUGGCUGCCCUACAACAUCACGCUGGUGAGCGACACCCUCAUGAGGACGCGGGCCAUCGCCGAGACCUGCGAGCGCAGGAACCACAUCGACACGGCCCUCUCCGUCACGCAGGUGCUGGGCUUCGCCCACAGCUGCCUCAACCCCAUCAUCUACGCCUUCAUCGGGCAGAAGUUCCGCAACAGCUUCCUCAAGAUCCUGGCGCAGCGCGGCCUCAUCAGCAAGGACGCCGUGGCCCGCUACGGCCGCGCCUCGUACGCCUCCACCUCCGGCAACACCUCCACCACCCUCUGAGCCCCGCGGAUCCCCCAGGCCUGAUGCAGGCACCCCGAGCACCCCAGCAUCCUCACCCGGCGCCCCGAAACGCAGCCUCGGGAAGCGGGCACGGCCCCCCCAGGGCACCCGGGUGGCCGUCACCGGGGGCUGCCGGUGGCGGGGCUUGCGUGUGGCCACCCGUGUGUGCGGUGCUGUGCAGCUGGGAGGGUCACGGGGGGGGGUGACUCUGAGCCCUGGUGGCACUGUGACGCCGUGGUGAGGCGUGAGGCCACCGCACAUCAGCAUGGGGGGACCCCAGGCGCUGCCCGCCCUCCCCGCACGCCGGGAUGGAGCCUGGGACUUUGGGGAACCCGUGGCCCCCGUGUGACAGCGGUGGCCGCUGGCCGCCCAGCAAUAAAGGAGGUGGCGGGUCUGUCA